UGUAAUUUGGUGAAAGCGAAACAACAGAAUGUGAUAUUUGAAAAAGAGUACUAAGUAAAUAUAAAUAAUAGGUUUUAAGUGAUUUUUGCGUUGCUAAUUAAUAAGCAUUACCUUAAAACUUUCAAGAUAACAGUCCGAUAUUCGUAUAGUGGUCCAUUCGACGGGAUUACAAUGAUAUUGUGUCAUCACUAUGUUUAUGUGUGUGACCCACCUUGUCGCUUGUGUGCUUGAAAGCUUGCAGUGGUCUGUCUGAAGAUACAUAGAAGCGACAGUGGACCUAUCAGUUUUGUGGCGCCAAACUGCAGAGGUACUUUGUAUGCUUCACAAAUGCAAAACUAGCCAAAGUUGCACCAGUGAAACAGAAUUCGAAUAAAAAUGCUGUACAUUUGUGAGAAUUGAUGGAAGAACCCAGCUGUUAGCUCAACAAUGAAUAUUAAGUUACCUCUUGUUCCUAUUGCUGUUGCACUUUCGCUUUCGGGCAUUAGUGCUGUGCUGCUGUAUAUUCUUUUAAAAAAUAAUGAAGAUGAAUACGAAGUAAUUGACAAAGCUAGAUACGCUAAAUAUGUGACACUAGAAGUGAAGAUUCCAAAAGAAAGUGUUGGUGUAGUCAUCGGACGAGGUGGGUCCAACAUAAAGCAGAUUCAGGAGGAAACAUGCACAAAAAUCUCUAUGAAGGAAGAAAAGGAAGAAGAGAUUUACAAUAGGAUUUGUGAGAUAAGAGGAAUGCCAGAAGCAGCUGAGAAGGCACGCUUAAUGAUUCGUAACAUAAUUAUGAACCAGCCAUUAAUAACAACACGGGAAACCUUUGUGCCUGAGUCAGCUUGUGGCAGAAUAAUUGGUAAAAAUGGCACAAAUAUCCGAAAUAUAUCGAGUGCAUCUUCUGCAAGAAUACAAAUAGAUAGAUAUUCAUCAUCUAGAGAUACAUAUGGUGGUAAUGUGGAACCUGAGCGACGAGUGGUCAUUAAAGGCACAGAAGAACAGAUAGAAUUGGCUAUAGCAUUAAUAAAAGAGAAGGUGGAGGAGGACCGAGAGAUACGGUCAAAAAUGCAAGAGAGUAUUGCCAACCGCUCUCCUAGGAAACCAGAUAAAGCUCUGUGUCUGACUGCUGCUGCCACUGAUUCCUCAUCAAGCCACAAGUCAUAUGUGUCAGAGAAACUGAAUCCUGCUGGAGGAGAUGGCUACAUUCCUGUUUUUGUUUCUGCUUUGACAGAUCCGAGCUGUUUCUUUGUGCAGUUGGUGGGACAACAUGCAGUUGAACUAGACCAUCUCGUAGAAGAAAUGACGCAGUAUUACAGCAAAGAGGAAAAUCAAGAAAUUCAUAGAGUAAAUGAGAUAAGUGUAGGACAGCUAGUAGCAGCACCCUUUACUAAUGAUGAAAUGUGGUAUAGGGCCAUAGUGAGAAAUGUUACUCUGGAUGAGUACGAUCCAAAAGAAAGUGACUUGCUGCUUUUCUAUCUUGAUUAUGGGGACUCGGCUGAUGUCAAGCAGAAACAGGUGUUUCACUUGCGAACAGACUUCUUAAGACUCCGAUUCCAGGCUAUUGAAUGCUGCCUCGCAAAUGUUAAGCCAAAAGGUGAUCAGUGGUCAGAAGAAGCUAGGGAACUCAUGGAGGAUUUGUGCCAUGUGGCACAGUGGGUUGUAAUUAUGGCACGAGUGGAUGGAUACAGAGAACGGCCACGUACAGACCAGCGACAAGAGCGUGAAGGCAGUCCUGUUCCGUGUGUAUCACUUGUCAACACCACAGGACCCAAGGAUGUACCUGUUGCAGCAGAACUUGUUAAACGUGACCUAGCUGAAUGGGAGAAGCCAGUUGCUACAGAAACCAGUUCAAGUGCGAAUAACAAUAUAGCAGAGAAGACUGUAAAUGGUAUCACUAACUCAGAAAGCAGUUCUCGUACAUCAAACUUGUCAUAUGAAAACAGUGAACAUAAACAGUCAUUACCUCUGUUGCCAGACAGUGAUUCGGAUGAAGAAAGUGAUUUGGAAAUUACUUAAUGCUAUCCUUGGAACAAUCAUUUCACAUUUCUGAUAGUUUUUAUUUAUUCUCUGGAUGUUUAUGUUAAUGAAAUUGAGUUCCUUUAAGUAAUUUCUAUAUCAUUUACUGCUUUCAAGUGGUGAUUUCACUCGGAUAAAGUCUCUGACACCUACCAUGUCCUCCCCCUACACGAAUGAUCGGUAUCUCUCCCUCCCUCCCUCUCUCCCUCCCCCCUUGCCCUCUCCCCCCACCCUCCACCACCACCCUCCACCCCUUCCCCACAAUCAAUAUCAUGAUGCAAUUUCUCGCCAUAGUUUUAUCAAUGUAACCAUUUUUUUUCCUGCCCAGUCUGCCAUCUUUUUUUUUUUUUUAAUCAGACUUAUGGCCAGUCAGCUUCCCUUAAUGAAAUUUUUUCGUAAAAUCGUCUUGGCAUAACAGUAAGUUAUUCCUUGAAUUAACUAUUGUGUUGUGAUAGUAAUGGGUUGUGCUUCAUGUCUGCGUGUUAAAUAUUUAGAAGCUGAUAAAAUUGGUAUAAUUAAUAAAGCAUUUAAAGUCAAUAAUUUUUUUGAACAUAGUUUCUGACAGUAUCUAAUAUCAGUUGCUCUGGAUGGACUUCCCAUUCUGAAAGUAUGUUUUCUGGCUGUAAAUUUUAUUUUAGUGGUGUCUGCCCAUGAAAAAGUUUUCAAGGGGAGUAGAUCACUGCAUUAAUAGAUACUGAAUAGUAUUUUAUUUGUUUGUUUGAUUGUUUGUUUCUAACUCUUUUUUUUAGUUUUGGUGUUGUGCAUACUGUCCUAAAUAGGACACAUUUUGUUCUACUGCUUUGUAGGGGUUUUGUAAGCAGUAAAUCAGUUACAGUAAUAUUGAUUGCUCUAAUACAUUCAGAAGGAAAAAUUUAAUUCAUAUUUGUUUGUAGGCCUUAGGCAUUUUACUUUAUAGCUUUGCACUGCUACAUGGCAGAAAUUAAUAUGAAAUUACAACUUCUGUUAACUUAAACCAAAAAACUUAAGUCAUGUGCCAGCUGCUGUUAGAGAUUCCUGAAAACCACAAGGGCAGUGAAGUUUUAUGUUUUCAGUUUCCAAUUAUUAUUGUUGCAUUUUGGUGUAAAAGAUGGCUUAAAAUACUUAUGAAACAUAUUGAUCUGGUAAUGUUAUUGGCUUACCCAAACUUUUAUAAUUAUUAUUUUAUUUCUUAACUGUAUUCUGAGUUUUAUUCUAUUUUGAGGAUAACUGGAUUGUGAUGUCUUUGAAGACUGAGUUUUUAAAGAUGUGUGAAUAAUAUGUUCACAGUACCAGGCAAUAAGUCAUGUCAUUUGACUGUCCUUUCAUAAUAAACAUGCUUUAAACAA